CUGGGCGCGGCGCUCCUGCUGCUGCUGCCCGCCGCCUCGCGGGCCGACGAGCGCAAGAAGGGCCCCAAGGUCACGGCCAAGGUCUUCUUUGAUCUGCGCAUCGGCGAGGAGGACGUGGGGCGCGUCGUCAUCGGGCUCUUCGGCAAGACCGUGCCCAAGACGGUGGAUAACUUUGUCGCGCUGGCCACCGGCGAGAAAGGGUUUGGGUUCAAGGGCAGCAAGUUCCACCGUGUGAUCAAGGACUUCAUGAUCCAGGGGGGAGACUUCACCCGCGGAGACGGCACCGGAGGCAAGAGCAUCUACGGGGACCGCUUCCCCGACGAGAACUUCAAGCUGAAGCACUACGGGCCCGGCUGGGUGAGCAUGGCCAACGCCGGCAAGGACACCAACGGCUCCCAGUUCUUCAUCACCACGGUGAAGACGCCCUGGCUGGACGGCAAGCACGUGGUGUUCGGCAAAGUGCUGGAGGGCAUGGACGUGGUGCGCAAGGUGGAGGGCACCAAGACAGACAGCCGGGACAAGCCCCUCAAGGACGUCACCAUCGCCGACUGCGGCACCAUCGAGGUGGAGAAGCCCUUUGCCAUCGCCAAAGAGUGACGGUGCUGGCGGGGCGGCGACGCGGCCGGGCCGGGCGCCGCGCCGGGGGCUGCGCUGCCCCCCUCACCCACAUUCCAGCCGGCAGCCGGGGCGCGGGCUCCUCGUCCCGUCACUUUUGUAGGAAACACACGCGCCAAUAAAYGUGACCAAGGUGGUUUUUCUUUUUUUUA